AUGCCAGACGAGACCCUGGGUUCAUGUAUGGUAUAGGAUUUUUUUCGAGCCCCAGCACUGGUACUCGGUUACUUCCGGUGAUAUUAAAAUCGCAUGAAACAUACGUAUUCAGCCACGCUGAAUCUGGUGAUAAUGAUCGUUUUCGGAAAAGAAUUCCACAAGAGAGGUUUCUGCUGCGAGUUUCGGAAUGGGGUCUCGGUUUAUUUCCAGAGGUCCACUAUAAAGAGAUCUAUAAAGAGAGCCAAUUUUAUUUUAUAGGUAUCUAAAGAGGAGUUUUUGACCAUACCAUAGUCAAAAACUCCUCUUAAGAAAUGAUUCCGU